AUGCCCGUCCUACCAACUCUACAAGGCUCAACCUUUGACGCGGACAUUCGCGACCGCCAUAUGAUCUACGACUACGACGCAAAAGACACACACGGCCAACCCGAAAAAUGGCGCUACGAAAUGUGGUUCUACAACGAAGAUCGGAUCGUGUACGCCAUCCACGGAGGUCCAAUGGCAGGCCGAAAGAACUUCCAAACUGCAACGUACCAGUGUAUCCGCCCGGGAGAGCUAUGGCAAUGUAAUUGGCUAGAGGAGACGGGGACUAUCUGCUCGCUGGUGUUUGAUAUCCCGAACCAACGGAUCACGACCCUACUCGGCUUUUCGAAGGGACACUGGGAGCAGAAUGAGGCUGCCCAUGGUGAUAAGCGGAAUCCCGAGGAUCUUGCGCGGUGGAGGAAAUUGGCUAAGAUUGGGGACUCGCAGGCUGAUCGGGUGCUUUUGAGUGAACAGGCGGAUAUUUUGGAGGAUUUCAGGGGGCCUGGGGACUUGGAGGGGAUUCAGAUGGAGUGGCCUACUUUGUAA